CAAAAAAUGACCCAUCUAAAGUACAUUAUUGAACUUUCAGAAAAAUUGCUACACGUUAAAAUUGGAGCAAGUUUACUAGGAAAAAACGUGUCCACAGACUAGAAGAAGAAAGAAAAAAACAAUAUUGUAAAACCAAUAGCUACUUCGCUACGCUCGGAAUUCAAUAAGGGGUAUGUACACAAUGUAACGUUGUUUUUAGAUUUUCGAUAUCACAACUUUUAUGAAAUACAAAUAAAAAUGUUGUGUUAUUUUUUUAAAAUCUAACCAUUUGAUGUUUUUUUCCAUUAAAAAUUACUCGUUUUCGUAGAAGUGUUAUUGCAAAAAAUAGAAGCAAACAGGGGAAGAGGCUUGAAAAUUCUUACCGGGCAAAUAGGUAUAUAAUAUGUCCAGACCACUUCAAUGUUUACCAUUUUUUGAUGCCAUAUUGAGAGUUAUGCACCUAUUUAUAAUUGUUUUAAAUAUAUAAACACAUUUUUGGACCAUACAUUUAUAAAAACUUUCAUCGCCCAAUUAACAUCAUUAACAUCCUUUCCAUAAUAUCCACCAAACAUAUUUUUUUUUUUAAGGGAAACCAUAGAAUACUUUUAAUAACUUUAUGUUAGCCACUCUUUAGGGGUUGAAUUUCUAUAUAAAAAGUAGACAGUGAUUGUCCUCUUGUUUUAAAUAUCAAGUGUGAAAAGUUUCAUCCAGAUUGGAAUAAAAUUAUAGAUUUACAUUAAAAGCAAACAUAAAUCGAACUUGAUUUUAUAUAUAAAUAAUUUGUCUAUGCUGAAUAGUUUAUGCUAUUUUUUUUUUGUAUUAAACAUGGUCAAUGGACCGUGGAAUGGAUCUAUAGCCACCCCCACCGCUUUAGGUGCGCCAUUAUCAAUGAUGUAACUAUUUUCCACUGUUUUAAGUUUCAAUCUACAUUAGAUAAUUUUAAACAUAAAAUUAAAAAUAAAUACUAUUUCAUUAAAUUUUGACGAUAGAUAAUUUACAACUUCUUGAGCAUAAAUGUGUUAAAAAUUAUAAAAAAAAAUGAAACAUUUAAAUGAUUUCUCCAAUACACAAACUAGACAAAAUUGAUUAUCAAAAACCACCCUUAGAAUUGAUGAAUAGAGUAUGAUUUCUGGCAGUAAAGUGGUUUACAGAUAGAAAAACAAAAUAAAUAUAAGUCUAAAAAAACACACACAUACAUCACGGAAAAUUAAUAAAUGUUUUGUUUUACGCUCAGAAUCUAAAAAUGCCUAGUGUACCGCAGCUCAUGUGUCGCUUGGGUUUUCCUUUGUUUUUCGCUAUUUUUGGCUCUAUAAAGUUAACACAAACUAAAAGCAAACCUAACACCACAAACCUAACUAAAAUAAUAAUAUUACGAAAUAGUAAAUACUUAGUCUUUUAAAAUUGCAUGAUUGAUGACGAAAUGAUUUUUUAAAAAUAAAAAUGAAUCAAAUAAGAUUCGAUUACAAAUAUUUACCAGUACCCAUCGGAAUUCUUCGCAAUUCUAUAAGAAUUUAGAUAGGUAUAUCGUGCAAUAUAGUAUACAUUUAUUAUGAUUAAAUAAAUACAAAUCAAUAUCCGAAUUGUUUUUCUUUUAAAAAUUAUUUAAUUGUCAAACAUUUAUUUUCAAAUAAAAUAAUUUUUAAUUUCAAACUCUUCGGGCCACUCAUAAGCCAAGCCACCGGGCAUUUGCGGGUAAAAUUUCUGGUAGACACCAGAACCACAUGCCAUAGUAAAACCAAUACACGCCUCUCUUCGCUCAGAAUCUAAAAAAUCGUAAUUUCUCCGACUUAACUAAUUUGAAAUAAAAAUUUAUUUAAAAAAAAAAUAAUUUUCGUUCUAAUUGUAUUGUUUUUUUUUUAUUAUAAAUUUAUAACGCCAAUUCGACAAUAAGUUAUUGGACCGUUUGAAUAUAACUUUACUGUCGGUUUUAUACAUUCGGGAGGAUAAUGUUGGAUGUGUCUAAGGCCGAAAACUACGUCUUGAGCCCCGUUUUGGCCAAGUACACGGGCUUGUAUCACAUAAUCAACCCGGACUGCCCAAGACUCGGCGGCCUUAACAUAUCGCACCUGAUGGCGGCGGUUUCGGUAGCGUUCACGGUGACUUGCUUGGCUUGUUGCCCGAUCGGGUUUUACCACUGGGCGAACGACACCACGCAGUUGGUGUUGCAGAUGACGGCGUUCACUAAUUUUUUGCUAGGCUGCUACAAAACGGUGACGAUUGUCCGGCACUCGGAUGACAUCCGGACGCUGUUGGACGUGACCCGGAUCGAUUUCGUGUCGACCGACCGGCAAUCGUUCCGCGCCCUCCGGGAAUGCCGCGCCGUGUCGUCAACGUUCAUCGUCUGGUUCGCCGCGUUCAACUAUUGCGUGCUGUUGGCGUGGACGCUGUUGCCGAUGGUGGUCAACGACAAACACGUCUGGGUAAAAAACCGCGACGGAACGUUCAGCAGUUACCAGCUGAACCCGUUCAACAUGUUCUUUCUGGUGUCCAGCGACACGUACAACCGUUGGCACAUCGCCUUCCACGUCGUAGAACUGCUGCUCGGCCUGUGCUUCGCCCUGUCGUUGAUACUUUUCGACACGUUCAUGGUCAUCAUGUGUUUCUCUGUAACGUCCCAAUUGAAACUCAUCGCCGACUCGUACGAAAACCUGGGACACGCGGAGAUCUACGAUCACGGUGAAUACGCCAUACGCAUACAUACUCAUAAUUGUUUUUUUUUGAAACAUUUUUCCACGCCGAAAUACGCGUGGCAUUUUAUCAAAUUAUCAUGUGCGAAUCAAUUAGAUAUAGCCGUGAUUCGAGAAACGAAUGUGGUUCAAUCUGUCUGUGGAUAUGCCAAAUGCGUAGCUAGGAUUUCUUUGCGGGCGGGUGGGAGGGCGUUUAAAAAUAAUAUCGAUGGUAUUUUGUUGAAAGGCUAAAAUAACGCUAAAAAUCGAAAAAUUACGUAGUUUUUAUUAUCAAAAAAAAAAAAAAUCAAAAAAAUUAGGAGGAUAAACUGGUAAAAAGGCGUAUUAAAAUACAGAAAAUUAAGUUGGCAAUGCCGACUAAAAGAUAUCCAGGCGCCCUUUAAAAAUAUAAUUAAAUCAACAAUGAUUAGUUAAAAGGGCGUAUUCCACACUCAAUGCAUAUACUUUGUGUACAAGGUAUUAUGUGUAUACGAGUAAUAGUAUUGUUUUCCACGAUAAACACCAUUAAAAACUGUUUUGCUGCUUUUUUUUGCGUCUUGAAAAAAAGUGAAAUUUGAUAAACGCCCUUUCAACAAAACACCGUCAAAAUAACCAUAUCAAAUCUGAAAUAAAACCGAACAAACUGUAAAAAGGACGGACAUACUUCACACAUGGGUGCAGGCACUGUUGUAGGUGGGAAGUUGGGAAGGUAGGAUACAGACGGGAAUUUAAUAUAUAUCUGUAAGCAACGAUAAACCAUUGCUAACAAAAAAUCGAUUCUAAGCGGAGUUCAGUUGAUAGUGUUGCUUUGUCAACAAUAUAUAUUUCAUAUUAUUGUAAAAUAAUUAUGAUGUGCGUUUCCAUGACAACAAUGAUUGUUUAAAAAAGAUUAAAAUAAUAAAAACAUAAUAAUAAUAAAAAAUAAAUAAAAACGGUUGCCAAUGAUAACCUUAUUUUUAAUUUUUCAAUCUCAUUUAACCUAAAUACCGAGGUUUUCUUCAUUAUCUCGAAUAUUAAUGAGAAUUUCAAAAAAUGACUCCUUUAAUAUACCAUCCAGAAAAAAAUUCUUCUUAGAAAAUGUGCUAUACUUGAUAAUCGGUGUAUGCUUUUUAGUAGAAAAAGUGUUUAUAUAAAAAAAAAAAUUAAAAAAAAUAUAUAUCAUUGUAAAACUCGUUUCAUGACAAUUUUGUUCAAUAAGACACGAAGAUAAAUCAUCAGCAUAUAAUAAAGUAUAAAUAAGUUCCUAUUGUAGUGUAUAGUUGAUAGGAACAAAAUCAAUAUUCAUAAAGUUAUUGUAUAUAGGCACGAAACUCAAAAGUAACAUUUAGUAAAUUUUAAUGGCUAGAUCCUCGAAAUGGCAGCCAACUAAGAGGCCAAUUAUCAAACCAACUGUAGUACGUACGUGUGGUUCUAGCGCAUCUACGAUUCAUAAAUCUACUUUCCUAAAAUUAUAGAAUAGUCAAUGGCAGAAUUACCAAUUAUUUCUAGUUACCAUGAAAAAAUUCUUCAUUUUUUCAAUAUUUCAAUCCGUUAUUAUCUAUGGCUACAACGGUAGUUGAAAUGUUUAAAAUAAAUUGAACUAAAUCAUAAAAAAAAUAAUAUAGAAACUACUACUGGAAAAAACGCCAAUGAGUGUUGAUAAUGAGUAAAAUUAUUAAUGGGCGGUUAAAAACAAAUGUAUAAACAUUAAAGCAACUUAAAGCACUUCAGCGCAUAAUUAUAAUACAACUUAAUAAUAACAACUGUAAUAAAAUACAACUAUAAUAACAAAUUAUAAUUUGUUCAAUAAAAUUACUGAUGCCAAUUUUUUAUUACAGGCAGUGGCAAGAAGAAUGCAAAAGCAUGCUCAAAAGAUUUAAAGUCAAUUAUUAAAAAACAUCAAAAAGUUAUGGGGUAA